GUAAAGGGAGUUAGUUCAUGGUAGGUCGGCUCGGUAUCUCGAUGUUAGGUUGACCACCCUCCCACUCGGGGCAAUCAUAUUGUCGUUUCAUUCUCUCUCACACUUUCUGUCUUGUCUUCCUUUCCUUCUCUGUUUCUGUUUCUCUUGGUGUCUUUCCUUGUUUUGCGCCCUCUACAUUCUAUUGUCGUACCAUUAUUCACUCAUUCUCGUUUCCCAUCACGGUAGUUGGCCGUGAUAUCUACAUUCUCUUACCUUCAUUACAUUGGCAAGGUGACUGGAUCAUCCAUCUACAUGCAUAUUGUCAGAAAGUAGAUGGCCACGGGCCCUAUGUUAAGCUUUUCCUCAUUUAUCAGACUUUUUGCCUCUGUUCACGGUUGGGCCAGGCUCCAACUCCAGCUCUCACUAACAGCCACUGGCAUCGCGAACGCUUCUGGUCGAGGAUGUUAGCCCUCCGAACACGAGCUUUGUUCAACUUUUUAUUCGGAAGACAGUAUGCCGGCAUACCACGAGAAAUCGAUACCAACCAUACACACUCGCUCGAAGAACGAGCAUUAGUGGUGAUCACUCAGACGAAGAUGGAGUCUCGUUAUGUGGUCAUCCCCGAGCCUACCACCAUCGUGGUUACAUACCAUGUCCCAGUCAACGCUACAGAGAACACCGACAGCGUUGAAUUGCUGCCGGCUUCAACUGUGCCUGCUGCAGACCUGACAUCUGUUCCUGCAGCGGAUCCUGCUGCAGAUACCCCAGUGUUUGCAUCAUUGAUUGUACCUACAACGCAAGAGGUCGAGCCCGUUUCAACGACUGUACCUGCAGCUGGAGGAGAGGCAGCGCCUGAAACCAGUGACGCAAAUGUGAACGAGACGACGACAGUCCCCAUCGAGCCGAUUGCUCAGCCAACUUCUCAACCACCCCCACAGGAAACACCCCAAGAACCUCCAGUGGUUAAUGGCCCUGAACCGGUAACGACACCUGUUCAGCCAACCACUGAAGAGCUACCCAAGGGGACACCAGAAGAUGCUCGAUUGACAGACGGACCGGAUGCGGCAACAACACCCGUCCAGACAACGACCCCGCCGUCAUCUCAGGAGACACCACAGGAUGCCCGAUUAAUCGACGGACCAGACCCUGUAACGACUCCUGUUCAGGCGCCUAAGGAUACUCCAGAAAAUGCUCGACUCAUAAUCGAAACUAAGUCUUCAUCAUCAUCGUCCUUGUCCUCGUCUUCGACGUCUACUUCGGAGGUCCUCCUUUUUGAUACUGCAUCCUUCACCUUCACUGGUCCCCCAUCUCGGUCAACGACCCUCCAAACCCGAUCUGGGACCAGAGCUGCUUCCUCCGCUACUGAGACUACUGAAGCAUCUGAUAGUUUCGUUUUCGAUGACGGUGAGACGAGCGCUGACGGGGCUGCGCCAGCACUUAGUACAGCAACUCUAGCCGACGGAGGCCUUACGACCAUUGGCCUCGAUGCUACUGCUGGAAGCGACCAUGCCUCGAAGACCGAAAGUCCCGAUUCAACUGUCAAAAAGGACCCUGACAAUGCAGGCCCAACUCCGGUCGUUGUAGGCAGUAUUGUCGGUUCCAUCGUGGGAUUGUCCUUCCUGGCACUCGCCAUCUUUUGGCUCAUCAGGAGACGGAGACAGCAGCGUCGAAGGAGCACUCUUCUCACCCCGCUCGAUUUUCCUCAAAGCGGAUCUGGUAAGGAGAAGUACGAAAUCGACAAUAAUUCGCUCGGCCCAACGCCUCGCUCUGUCAAGGUUGCUGCCGCGAUGAGCGCCAAUGCCAAGAAGAUUGGUCAACGAUUCCGACAGUCCAUGAGCUCUUCGCACGUCGACAUGAGCCGAGGAAACUCUCAGUUCGGCGCCGAAAGCCACAGCGCGUCUACAAACCGCGCCCCUAGCCGAGGGAGUGCAGCUCCUGGGCAACAACAGGGAUGGUGGUCACGACUUAUUGAAGAAUCAAGCGUCGUGGAUCUGGCAGCAGCCCCCCCAGUGCCUGACGAUGGUCAUGAUGGAAGACGGACUCCUAGCCCCAACCCUUUCUCUGAUGCCAACAACAUUUCUGCAGCGUCUCAUGGGGACUCAUAUGGUCGCGGUAGCGUCUUGCCUCACGGUUCUCUUGUGCCACCCCCACUUGCCUCUGCUCGGCCUCAUUCUUUGGAUAACCCGUUUGCCGACGAGAGUUCCAGCUUGUCUCCCGACCCCAUGCAACCGCCACCGAUGGCCUAUAGAGAGCCAGUCGAUCAGAGGCAAGGCCCGACUAUGUCGCGGAACCUUACACCUCAAUCGACGGGUGACGGUGUGAGGCUAAGGCCACAGGAAGUUUGGCGCGGCAACGUUCACUCAAACCCCUUCGACUUGGAGCUCGAUGGCCGACACAUGUCUAGCAUGGGACACAUUCAAAAUAUGCCACGCUAUACUGCCGCCAGCUCCUUCUAUAGCACAAACCGCCAGACCGUCAGGCACUCUCGGGCUGAGAGUUACACUUCACGAUAUACCAGUGGAGUGAGCGACGUUAGCGAGUGGCCUCCUGUGCCUCCUCAACCACGUGUACCCAGUAUCUAUGGCCGAUAUGAUGGAUCUGACUUUCCCCCUUCACCUCGACACUCCCGAAGUGAGAGCGACGGCCAUAUCCUGAGACGGCAAACCGGCCAGGCGAUGUGAACCCUCAUAGCAGGGACACGGAAUUCACUUCGUUCCUCUCGACGGAGGACCAACAUAGUGGUUCGCCUGGGAUACUCAUUGGCUCGCUGUAAGACUUGAGAGGGAGUUUAAAACAGAAGAUGGAUAGAUGGUGUUGAUGUUUGAUGUCAGCGUUUAUGCUUAUGAUACCACAGAACUAGGCUUUUCUCCUUCUUUUGCUUUAGAAGAACGCACACUGCGUGAGGUGUCGCUAGAGUCAGAAUCAGAAAAGCUUGCUAUGCUCCGCCGAGACUUUAGUUUUAUACCACUAUUAAUACAAUGUGCUGUUCGUAUCACUGUGACUAUGCGCGUGAUUGUGCAGGCACUCUUUGGCAUU